AUGCGCGCAUUAUUUUGGAUAUUUUUGCUUGGAUGCGCCUGCUGGGAGGCUGCACGCGCUGCCAGCUUAGUGCCAGGGAAGGCCUUUGAUCGUUUGAUCACGAUAUGGCUGGAGAAUCAGGACUAUGCCAAGGUUGUCUUGGAGCCUAGCAUCGCCGACCUGAAGAGGAAGGGCAUCUUGCUCACGAGGUUCUAUGCGCACACCCAUCCAUCCCAGCCAAACUACCUGGCCGCCAUCGGUGGGGAUUAUUGGGGCCUCGAUCACGAUGACAUGGUUCAUAUCCCUGAGAACGUCUCGACAGUGGUGGACUUGCUGGAUUACAGGAACAUAAGCUGGGCAGGUUACUUUGAGGACAUGCCCGGCCCGGGGUACAUGGGGAACUAUAGUGAUGGACAGACUGGGAACGGCACAUGGGACUAUGUGAGGAAACACAAUCCAUUUGUGUCGUAUGAAAGCGUCAUUAUGGAGGGAGAGCGGCUGCUGGCCCUAGACUCCUUCCGUGCCUUCCAAAGGGCCUUCAAGGCAAAGGAGGUUCCCCAAUUUGUGUUCAUGACCCCCAACAUGAUGAACGAUGGCCACAACACGAGCAACAAGUUUGCUGCUGACUGGGCCCACAAGUUCCUUCAACCUCUUCUGGAUCCUAAAGCUUUCGACGAAAAUACGUUGAUAAUGCUUACGUAUGACGAAUCGGAAGAUUACAGCCAGCCUAACCACAUCGUCACUUUGCUUCUGGGAAGCGCAAUUCCUCCAGCGCUCAAGGGAACAGAAGACAGCACCUUCUACACCCACUUCAGCUUGCUCUCGACCAUCCAAAACAACUGGAUACUGCCCAAUCUCGGCAGGUAUGACGUUGGAGCAAAUGUGUUUCAGUUUGUUGCAGAUGCGUCUGGUUACACCAAGAACAAGGAGCCUGCCAAUGCAGCGUCAGUCAACAAUUCAAUAUCAUACCCGGGGUUUCUGCACACCGAGCCCACAAACAGACUGGACAUCCCAAUACCAAACGACAAAUUGAUUGGCGCCGGUGGGCUUCCGAUCCUUGACAAGAUCAAGCAGAAAUGGGCCGGUAACAUCAAGAAGGUGGGGAAGACGCCGUACGACGGCAGCGGGAAUGUGCACGAUGGCGACAACCCGCCAGUCUACAACCCUCCCAAGGCCAAUUGA